AGUAGUGGGCGGUCUCAAGUGGCGGCUUUCUUUUGAUUCGCUCAGCUUUAUCUUCCUCACUGAACCUAUUGAAUGCAUCUGUGAAGUCGGCCAAUGCUGAAACCGUGGACAGUGCCAUAUCAACGCUUUAGUAACCACAUAAUGACAACUUUAUCACAGACAAAGGAAAUCUUCCGGAGAGCAGACGCUGUGUGCUUCGACGUGGACAGCACUAUUAUCAGAGAAGAAGGCAUUGAUGAGCUAGCCAAAUUCUGCGGGGUUGGAGAUGCUGUCACAGAAAUGACUCGCAAGGCGAUGGGGGGGUCAGUGACUUUUAAAACCGCUCUGACGGACCGCCUGUCCAUCAUCCGAUGCUCGAGGGAACAAGUGAACAAACUGAUAACUGACCACCCUCCCCAGUUGACGGCAGGUAUUAAGGAGCUUGUUGAUAGUCUGCACCAGCGCAACGUGAAGGUGUUCCUGAUCUCUGGCGGUUUCCGCUGUAUCGUGGAGCAUGUCGCCACUCAACUCAACAUUCCCCUCCAUCACGUUUAUGCCAACCGCCUCAAGUUCUACUUCAAUGGUGAGUACGCUGGCUUUGACGAGACCCAGCCCACAUCUGAGAGUAAUGGGAAGGGGAAGGUGAUCAGCAUGCUCAAGGAAAAGCACGGCUUCAAGAACGUGGUGAUGAUCGGUGAUGGAGCCACAGACCUGGAGGCCUGUCCCCCUGCAAAUGCAUUCAUUGGAUUUGGUGGAAACGUGGUCAGGCAACAAGUAAAGGAGAGAAGUUUGUGGUACGUCACAAGUUUUGGAGAGCUGCUAAAAGAACUGGAGAAGAUUUAACAAGGAAAUACCAUACAAACCUGAACCCUCUUACAACUAUUGUUACUAAUGCUAACAUCAAUGUUUUAUUUUCACCUAAUGGUGUGCCUUUUAUGGUUUUAACUAGUGCACAAUAUUUUUUUAUUUCCAGUCAAUAGAUUUAAAAAUAAAUUGUAAUACAUGUUUACACUACAAUAGUGUCCUCUUGGGUUUGACCCUUGUUGAUUUUUAUACUAGAGAAUACUAAAAAAAAAUCUGGUUAACCAAAUUUUAUCCUUUUUGGAGGGUUUUGAGCAGGGUUGGAGUCGACUCGAUUUCAACUCAGUAUUUUAGUUUAAUUCCUGAAUUGAAACCAAUCCUGGAUUUGUGUGUUUUUAAACUGCACUUUUGUGGUUUUGUCCUCACGUCAAAGCUUUUGUGGGAAGGGUAAUAAAACUACUGCAUUUUACAAUAUGUGCCAUUAAAUGUGCAUUUAUAGAUGUAAUACUUUUGCUGUUGACACUAAUAAUAGUAAAAAGUGUCAAAUGCA